AUGUCUGAAGAAAAUCACUUUGAUACCAAAGUGAACCUAGUUCUUCUGGGAAUGACCGGUACGGGAAAGAGUGCCAGUGGAAACACCAUCCUCGGAAAGAAAUUCUUCAAGUGUAAGCCGAGUACAAAGCCUGUCACCACAGAGUGCCAAGUGGCAGAAUCAAAGAUAAAUGGCAUACAUGUACGUGUCAUUGAUAACCCAGACAUCUUUGAUGAUGACAUCAACCCACGAGUUUGGGACACACAUGUAAAAAAGUGCAAACAGCUUUGUGAGUCAGAACCAUGUGUGUAUUUACUUGUGAUGCAAGCAAGCAGAUUUACAGAUGGUGAGAGAAACAUAAUAGAAAAGCUAGAAAAAGCUUUUGCAAGCAAAGUUAGAAAACAAACAAUCAUCCUGUUCACCAGAGGAGACGACCUGCACUGUGCAAACAUUAAGCUGGAGGAUUUUCUUCACUCCUGCCAACCUGGUCUGAAAGAAAUAAUUCAGAAGUGUGACAACAGGUGUGUUGUUUUUGAGAACAGCAGGCCAACAUCACAUCAAGUGGCAAUUUUAAUGGAGAAAGUGAUCAGGAUGAUCCAAGAACAGCAGCAAUGA